CUGUGGGAACUCUACAGAGGGCUGAGACACGGUCUGUGGGAACUCUACAGAGGGCUGAGACACGGUCUGUGGGAACACAGACAGUGGAAUUGAAAGUGUCAGUUGCUACACAGUUGUCCCGUGGAACACUGAAGUCGGCACACGUGAGGAGCAAAGGCAUCCAGGCCACGGUUUCUUUCCAAAGUGUUUGCACUGAAACUUCCACCUACCCAGAUUUCCCUUUGGCCUCUACACCAAUAAAGGGCCCAGGACUGGGACCUAGGAAGAGACCUCGACUGGAGUUGGAGGAGGAACAAGGAGAGACUUCAACUGAAUUUGAAGAGACUCUGGAUUCGAGUUACCACCCUGAUGAUUCUGUACUUGCAGAAGAAUCUGACGUAUCACUUCAGACACGAUCCACGCACAGUGAAGCAAAGUACAUUGUGUUUGAAAGCUGCCUCGGACAGCUGUUUGAAAAAUGUCCGGUGUGUAAGAGAGACUGUGAUGUCCAAAGACGAAAACUGGGGACUUUUGUGGCGUUCACACAGCGUUGUCCAAGCUGCAGUUACCUCAGACAAUGGGAGAGCCAGCCCGUCGUCGGAAGUACCCCGGUUGGCAACUUACAAUUAUCCGCUGCUACAUACUUCAGUGGUGGUUCCUUCUUCCAACUACAAAAGAUAUGCAGAGCCAUGCAGCUGGAGAUCUUCCAGUAUGAGACCUUCAGGAGGCAUGCUAGGAAUUACCUGGAGCCUGCUAUUAUCCACAAGUGGAAGACUGAUCAGCUGAAGAUUUUCCAGCAACUACACCACCAGGGGGGAAAUGUCACAGUUGCAGGAGAUAUGAGAGCAGACUCUCCAGGGCACUCAGCGAAGUUCGGAAGCUACACACUCAUGCAAGGGAAGCAAUACCAUUGUGGACUUCCAGCUUGUUCAGAGCAAUGAAGUAGGUGGUAGUUAUCACAUGGAAAAGGAGGGACUGAAAAGAUGCCUAGAUCAUCUGGAGUCAAACAAUUUGGCGGUUGAGUACAUUGUGACUGACCGUCAUCCACAGAUCCAGAAGUUUCUGAGGGAACGCAACAUAGAACAAUUCUAUGAUGUGUGGCACUUUGAAAAAGGUUUGUCCAAGAAACUUGUGAAACUUUCACAGAACAAGGACUGCAAGUUGUUGAAGAGGUGGCUGCACAGCAUAAAAAACCAUGUAUACUGGAGUGCGACGAGCACAACCUCGGGGCCGGAGAAGGUGGCAAGGUGGACGUCAGUCGUCAACCACCUACAAAACAUUCACGUGCACGACGACCCCCUAUUCCCCAAGUGUGAACAUCCUGAAAGAGCCACAACAGAUGCAAAUAAAUGGCUAAAACCUGAUUCAAUAACACUCCACAAAGUUGAGAAAAUACUCAACAACACGAGAGUUCUCAAAGAUGUGAAAAAGCUAAGCCAUCACUACCAGACCUCAUCGCUGGAGUCCUUCCACAGCUUGAUUCUGCGUUUUGCCCCCAAAAAUGUGGUUUUCCCCUUCAUGGGAAUGUUGUGCAGGUUGUGUCUAGCAGCCAUGCAUCACAAUGAGAAUGCUGACCGUGAGCAAGCCACAACAGCUGCAGGACUACCUGUGUACAAAUUGGCCUAUCCAAAAGCAAGGAGGGGAGAAUGUACCGCAAAGCCUGUAAAGAAGGACCCUACAUACAUGUACGUGGGUGAGCUGAUGAGGCUGGUGUUUGAGGAAGUAUUUGAGGAUCCAACACCCUUUGUGGAGGAGAUGAAUAAAAUCCCCAUCCCAAAGGACCUGUCUACUCAAUUUGACAGGCCCUCAAAGGAGGAAGUAGUAGCCCGCCAUGUCUCACGUUUUAGUCAAGGGGUGGUCGGAAGCCAACAUACUGUCCUGCCAGAUCAGGAAACUCCCGGCGUAUCCGGCGGACAACACAUGACGGGAUGACCACUCUGAUGCCUCAUCCUAAGAAGCCCCAGCACCAGCUUACAAAGCUGCGAUAGGCAAGAUGCCGAAAACGCCUAUAAGAGGAGGAAUGGAUGAUAAGAUAUAUGUGCUGUCCUGUUUUUCACCCUUACCCUCUGGCUGCUUGAAACACUGAUUUUCCCCACAGGUCCAUCUUAUCUUAUACAGUGUAUAUAUGUAUAUCAAUCAUCAUUUUGUACAUUUC